AUGGCGUCUCACGUAGAUCCUACCACAUGUUUUGAGAUCAGGAAAAACAACCCAACAGCUCAAAGUGGAGAGUACAACAUCUUGCCCUUGGCUCCUCAGUUUAAGGGUGCGCCAGUGAAGGUCUACUGCUUGAUGAAUGAUACGCACCAGCUGGAGUAUGUCACACUGCCAAAUAGGAACAUUGGAAACUAUCCUAGAAGGUCGAAUGGUAAUUGUGGGAAGGAAAUGCCAUAUUUAGUGAAUGAUCGUGUUGGCUUGGACGGAGUAACAGUGUUUCAUAGAAUCAGAGUUCAGCCAUCGACUAUGACUGUUGUGAGAACUGACACCACCUUCACAAGUGGGAACAAGACGAAGCCGCAUAAAUUUGGUUCAGCAGAAGAUUGUAACUCACCUUCCGGAAGCUGCAAACGAAUAGGAACCUUUCACAUCGACACACUGGGCACAGGGAUGAAGUUCUCUAUAAAUAUAACGUGGACUGGACAAGGAUACGCAGGCAAAGUGCACAGUAUCACCUGGACACAGAAUGGCGCCGUCAUUGAUCUGGUGUGUGGAGGCUUUUGUGGGGGAUGCGAUCCUGAUGGAGACAUGAUCCUCUACCCAAACAAUCUGGAUAUUCAGCCAUAGGUCAACUCGGUGUGUGGAGGAUGGUGUGGAUUGUGUUAAGUGUCGAUUCCAAAAUUGAAAUAUUAAGUUCACCCAGAAAUCUGUACGUAAACAAAUUCAGUGUGAAACAAACAACCUACCAUCCAGAAUUGUGCAUUAAAAUGAACUCGGUUUACAAAUCAGUACAAACUAUGCACAGCAAUUACAAUGUCCAUACAUGGUAGGAUGAAAGUACAUUAUUCAAUGUCAAUAAUAUGAUAGUAGUGGUCAGUCUGGUAAUUCAGCCAUAAGCCCGGUGUGUGGAGAUGUUGUGUACGGAUGGAUGGUCAGGAUUGUAUGAUCCUGAAUGAGAUGUGGUUAUCUUCCCAAACAGUCUGGAUAUUCACCCAAUCUUGGUUUUGGAACAUGGUGUUGUUGAUGUUGAUGUGGUGGAUGAUUUUCGAAAUCAGUCUCUACAAGCAUCUCUUCGAUAAGCUUGCAAAGUUUCAUUCAUGUAACUUCAGUAAGUUUAAGAGAAAACUUGUCCCCAUUUCACUCAGUAUGCUCUUAGUUGAAAAGAUGGGGCAAGGGCCAUAACUCAAUCAAAUCAAUUAAAGACACCAAUUUUCGAAUUCAUUUAUGAUCAUGACCAGUGAUAUCACUUGUAGAG